CGGCAUCUUUAGUGACUAGCAAGGGGCCAAAUGUUCAAGGUAAGCUCAUCGAGUCAGUUCUCACAUCCGGGGUACAAUAACUCUUAACAUUGCAAUCAUCAUUUAACCGUAGCUCCGCCAAACCAUUCUUCAAUUUAUCUUUUAUAACCUCCGACUUCUAUCUCGUGACCCUGAACAAGCGAAUCGACCGUCGAUCAUCCUUUCUUAUAUCUACUCACCUGAUAAAAUAGCCACAUCACUGUCCUAGGGAUGGCUGGUAGAAUUCGACAGCCCGUCGAUGAGGCGGCGCUUGAGAAAUACAUUUCUGAGCAUGUCCCAACCAUCAAAACGCCGAUUGAUCUCAAACAGUUUGGUUUCGGCCAAUCCAAUCCUACAUACCAGAUUACUGCUUCAGAUGGCCAACGCUUUGUGAUGCGCAAGAAGCCACCUGGAAAGCUCCUUUCCAAGACAGCCCACAAAGUUGAGCGCGAAUAUCGCAUCAUGCAUGCUUUGGAGAACACUGAUGUUGCUGUACCCAAAACGUACUGUCUAUGCGAAGAUGACUCUGUUAUUGGCACGCCGUUCUAUAUCAUGGAGUUUCUCGAUGGACGUAUCUUUGAAGACUUUACCAUGCCAGGCGUACAACCCGCCGAACGUGAGGCUAUGUGGCGUGAUGCCGUGAUAACAUUGGCACGGUUCCAUGCAGUUGACUACAAGAAGGUCGGUCUGGAGAAGUUUGGCAAACCGUCAGGUUUCUAUUCGCGACAGAUCAACACGUGGGUAACUAUCUGUGGUAGCCAGGAGAAGGCCGUCGACAUUGAGACCAAGGAGCCUGUUGGGAAGCUCCCCCACUUUGAGGAAACGGUUCGCUUCUUCAAGAACGAGCGUCUGCAACCCAAGGACCGGGCAACACUGGUACAUGGAGACUAUAAGAUUGACAAUUUGGUAUUUCACAAGACUGAACCAAGGGUCAUCGGAAUCUUGGAUUGGGAGAUGUCUACUGUUGGCCACCCGCUCUCCGACAUUUGCAACUUUCUCAUAAACUUCUACUCGGCCAAAUCCCCUGGUGCGACUCCUUAUGAUGCAUCCGGAUUCCUUCCCGGCAAGACGCCUGGUCUUCCACAACCAGAGAAGAUCCUGGAGUGGUACACAGAGGAGAGUGGAUACGAUCCCCGGCCAGAGGUUCCAUGGGGAAUGUCGUUCAGCAUCUGGAAGCUGGCUGGAGUUUGUCAAGGAAUUGCGGCGCGAUAUGCGCUCAGACAGGCGAGUAGCGAGAAAGCGAAACAGCACGCUGUGACGAGGGGAUCUUUGGCAAAGUUCGCUUGGGAAUUGGCUAAAGAGGCUGGUGCGGAUGAGACUGGGGCGAAACUGUAGGAUUUGCAUUGUUGUAAUGCGCGGAAUGUCUGAGAUUAGUGUCCCAUGUGCAGAUCUAGGCUUCAGACAGUCCAAGGGCAAGCUCAAGUGGAUAUAGUAUAAGUUUGUUAGAUGUCAGAUAAAAUAAAGAAAGAGACGGAUUGCCAAGUCACUACCACUUUAUAAAGAACCCCCUUCCAUUUGUUUCCGCCAGAGAAAUAAUCAAGGCAUUAACAUCUUGGGGUUGGUAUG